CUUCAGCACUGUACCCUGACAACCCUGCUCUGUAAAACUGAGAAAAACAGAGAAUUUUAUUUUCAAUUAUACAAAUCGCAACAUAAACAGCCGGAAAAUGUCGCGACAAGCCACCCGUUUGGACGCUAAGAAAGUGAACUCGGAGUUCCUGACACUCACCUACGGAGCACUCGUCACCCAGAUGCUGCGCGACUUCGAGAACGCCGAGGACGUGAACAAGCAGCUGGAGCGGAUCGGCUACAACAUGGGCAUGCGUCUGAUCGAGGACUUUCUGGCCAGGACAUCGGCGCCCCGCUGCCUGGAGAUGCGCGAGACGGCCGAUCGCAUCCAGCAGGCGUUCCGCAUCUACCUGAACAUCCAGCCCACCAUCUCGAACUGGUCGCCGGCCUCCGAUGAGUUCUCCCUGGUGUUCGACAGCAAUCCGCUGACGGAGUUCGUCGAGCUGCCGCCGGACCUGACCAAUCUGCGCUACAGUGCCAUACUCAGCGGCUGCAUCCGUGGCGCCCUGGAGAUGGUGCAGCUGGAGGUGCAGUGCUGGUUCGUGCAGGAUCAACUGAAGGGCGACAAUGUGACGGAACUGCGCGUUAAGUUCGUGCGGCGUCUAGAGGAGGUCAUACCAGCUGGCGAGGAUUAGAAAACAUUGGUGGAUCAGUGGAUCAGUGGAUCAGAGCGCCAAACUAUGAGUUCUUCAUUAGGGAGUCGGGGGUGGGGGGGUCAAUAAAAGCACAUUCUGUAUAGAAGUUAGCAUCUAGUAAUCUGCGUUUGUCGUUGGUUUCUACACGCCUGUCCACAUUCCGGAGCAACAAAAGCAACAGCAGCAGCAGCAGCGGCAGCAGGAGCAGGAGCAAGAGCUGGAGCAACAAGCAGCAUCCACAGGAGCGCAACAGCGGUAAACAGCAAUAUUGGAGCAAUAAGAAUCGUAACAACAAGUUUAGUUUUAUGUUUUAUUCGACUUUAUACAGAUGAUUUAACUUGGGGUAUAUAAGAAAACAGUGGUAAAUAUGUCUCUGUUCAUAUUUGGCAUGAUAUAAAGCGUCGAUAAACUCGAUAAAAAAACACAAAAGUAUUCAGUUACAUUUGAUAUAAUUUAACAAAUUAAAGCCCGCCCUCAUAAAUAUUACGUCCCUAAGGCGUGGAUCGCUUUUGAUCUGGGGUAGUAAUAAAUUACAUUUGUUAGUUGUAGAUAAACUCAAAGAUAUUCAACGUGUUAAAUAUUAAAAUUAUACAAAAACAAGUAAGAGCCUUAGAUUAAAGCGAACUGACGGCCUUUUAUCAACCCUCUA